CUUCUGUGUGUCUUCGUCCGAGCCUCGGAGCAUGCUACCCGCGAAUCCCGCCUUUGCGGUGAUGAGGCGAUGACGAGGCGAGUGUACGAACAACGAGCAGCAUUUUGCGGCAUGUGCAGCCUCGAAACCGACUGCCACAUGACGUCUUCCCUUCACACCGUCUGGAGCCGCAGCCUCUGUGGGACUCGACUGCAACAGCCCAACACCGACAGUAGACAGCCGGCUUCGGCUGUCCAGAAGAGGGAGAUGCUAAUGAUGCCCUCCUGCCUCAACUCUGAUUGGUUGGCGCUGAUGGGCAGAGAUCAAUCAUGCGAAUCCGAAAGGUUGCCAAGACAGCAUAGUCAGAAAGAGCUUUCUGCCACUUGCAGACUUGCAGUCAGGACUUCACAUGUCGAAAGGCUGCAGUUGCAACCGUGUUCGAACACACCUGAAAAUGCCUCUUUCCACGUAUAGUGCUUUUGGUACCAGUCGGAAACACGCCUUGGCCAGACAGAGACAAUCAAUCCUCGACGAGGAGGUGGGGAAAUGCAAGUUAUCGGCCCGUGGCUUAAAGUCUGGACGACAGAAAGUCGAAUGAUGCCCUUCUUGUCUGUUGCUACGGUCGGACAGACUUGCUUGUUCGCUAAAAGACGGGCUGGAGUGGCUGAGGGACAGAGCGAGGAAAUGGCUGUUUCUAGACGAGCAUUCGCGGAACGACGAUCGUCAAGUGGGUCGCCAACGCCUUCAGGAAAGGCAAUAUGGCCCGUCGGCAAAGGGUUGGUGUGA